AUGCUGAGAGCGUUUCUGAACACGUCUGGACGCGGCCUCGGCUUGCCUGGCCUUGGGAAAGGAGGAGCCAAGCGUCAUAGAAAAAUUCUCCGCGAUAGUGUCCAAGGCAUAACCAAACCCGACAUCCGGCGGCUGGCCCGCAGAGGCGGGGUCAAACGUCUUUCCACCACCGUUUACGAAGAAGUCCGCGCCGCGCUGAAACUGUACCUGGAGAACAUAAUAACUGAUGCGGUGACCUAUACCGAUCAUGCGAAAAGGAGGACCGUCACUGCGAUGGAUAUUAUAUAUGCUCUGAAACACCAGGGCCAUACUUUGUACGGGUUCAGCGGCUAA